GGCAGAGCAGUGGCUGUGUAGAAUGAUUUCAGGGGGGCCAUCCAUGCAUAAGGAACAGCGUGGGGAAAAGGUGUGGAGUUGCUUCUGGGAGAAAUGUGUGAAAGACGCUGCCAUUGGCAAAGCUGCCCCUAAUGUUAUACGAAGAGGAGUGGAAUUCCCAGGUUCCCCUCCAUGUCCCUGGUGGCAUCGCAUCGCUGUAGGGGUCGGAUGGACUGGGAACAUCGUCCUGACAAUAGCUGUGAUAGCACUGGGGGUUUGGGGAAAGACCAGAGCAACUCUGAAUACAUUGGAGAAUAAUGAAACCAGAAUCAACAGCAGCACUGCAUGCUCCUGCCCAGAGGAUUUCCGGUCUCACCUGAAACCAAUUCUAUGUGAACCCCACAAUGACAGCUUGGCAGGGGGCUCCGAGUGCAGACUCUGCCCCAGGGACUGGCUGCUGCACGGGGACAAGUGCUACUGGCUGUCUAAAGAGAGUAAAGACUGGACUGGGAGCCGUGACGACUGCUUGUGGAAGAGCUCUCACAUGCUCGUGAUCCAGAACCGGGAGGAGAUGGCUUCCAUACAGAAUGUUACACAAGGUGCAAAUAGUGUCUGGAUUGGACUUAAAGUGACACCCCCAGGGGGGAAAUGGACCUGGGUGGACGGUUCCCCAUUAGAUCCAAUGCUCUUCUUAGGCUCUACUGAUGGGAACAGCUGCGGGUGUAUAAAAGGCACCCAGAUUCUGUCUGAGACGUGUUCUGCUGUGUUCAAAUGGAUCUGUGAGAAAGAAGCUGCUGUGAUAUAAACAGUCGGGCUGAGGAUCUUUAUUUGUGUAUCUGUAACAUGAAAUACUGGUGUUUAGGCUCCCGGGGCGGGAUUGUGGCUUUAGACAAAGCUCUAAGCCGGGGGCAGAGCAGAACCCCAGGAGGCAUUGGGACUCAGGUACACCUCGCAGUCACAGUUCCUCCCCUCGGUCCUUCUUACUGGUUUGGGGUGUUGAGUUGUAAUUUAUAACUGUCCUAAACCUGGAAGAAAUUACUAACCCGUGAUGCUUCCCAGGGCAGUGAGGCAUUUCGUGACCAGAGGUGAACGUAAGCCAGUACGGGCUGGUACGGCAUACCAGUAAGAAAGUGGCCGCUGGUACGGGCCGGUACACAGCCCUGCAGCAGUGCUUUAAGCACCGUAUCGGCAGGGCUGCUGAUGGGGGGCGGGGCAAAAGGGGCAGCUGCCCCAGGGCCUGGCAAUUUAAAAGGGCCUGGGACUCCAGGCAGCGGCCAGAGCCCCAGGCCCUUUAUGUCGCCACCAGAGCCCCGGGACUCCUGGCCACCGCUGCCAUUACCCUGGGGCUCCGUCAGUGAUUUAAAGGGCCCGGGGC